GCUGGGAACUCUGUUCGAAGCACCACUAAGUGGAACCAGAAUAGAGACUAGAGCUGAAGAAUGGAACCUGGUCAAAGAGCAGAAAGGGAACGAGCAUAGUACAGGACAGGACCGAAUUGCAAACAUGAGUUCUUCUCACAACACCAAAAUGCUCUGCUGCAGUUCUGAUGGAUAGAUGGAUUGAGCUGUUGAGCGACUUACAGUGAUAUGCGUACUCGUCCACUGACAUUCUGUUGACUGCGGUGAUGUUUUGUAAUUGACUGUAACAGUGUAGCGACGGAAACAGCAGAUCUUCAGGAAUCUUGAAGCUGUCGCCAUGACGUUGUGUGCGGAAAGUUGACUAUCGGGUGGUCAAUCCUCUGAAAAUCUGUCCGAAUUCGAACUACUCCACUCACCAUUCGCUUCUCAUCUAUUAUUCGCCUUGUAAUUCUACCCAGAGCUGCGUAAUUGCGAGCUGGUGCUAAUCAGUGUUUGGAGUUUCUCUCAUUAGCGUGUGGAAAUCUGGGAAUUCAGCUCUGCUUUGCUGGUUGUUGCUGUGGAGCCAUGGGUGGGAAAAAGCUCACUGUGGUUCAUGGAGCGGGGAUAAUCACUGUUGAUUCGGAAGAGCGGAUAUAUGUUAACGGAGCUCUAGCUAUCGAGGGCGAUCAGAUUGUGGCAGUCGGACACAGUAGCUCCGUGCUCGCAGAAUACUCCUCUCGUGCAGACGAAAUUAUAGAUUUUGAAGGCUCUUGGAUUUUACCAGGGCUCAUUAACACACAUGUUCAUACCUCACAACAACUCGGUCGAGGAAUUGCUGACGACGUCGACCUCCUCACAUGGCUACAUGAUCGGAUCUGGCCCUAUGAGUCGAAUAUGAGCGAGCAGGACUCUUACAUUUCUACUCUACUUUGUGGGAUUGAGUUGAUACAUUCUGGAGUGACAUGCUUUGCCGAAGCAGGUGGCCAACAUGUUUCAGGGAUGGUUAAGGCAGUGGACGAACUAGGCAUUCGGGCUUGUCUUACAAGAUCCACUAUGGACUCGGGUGUAGGCUUACCGGCGCUGUGGGCAUCAGAGAGCACAGACACUUGCAUGAAGAUCCAAGAGGAUCUCUUCACAAGAUUCAACGCAAGCGCAGAUGAUCGCAUUAGAAUUUGGUUCGGAUUGAGACAGAUUCUCAAUGCAACUGAUGAUCUUCUGCUUCGAACAAAGGAGGCAGCAGCUAAAUGCAAUACAGGCAUACAUAUGCAUGUUGCUGAAAUACCUUUUGAAAAUGAGUGGGUCAUGGAAUCAAGAGGUGUGGAACACGGCACUGUCAGUUACUUGAAUAAGAUUGGUCUUCUUGACCAUAAUCUUCUCGCUGCUCACUCUGUAUGGGUCGAUGCCUCUGAGGUGGAGAUGAUGGCACAGGCCAGAGUCAAAGUAUCACAUUGUCCAGCAGCAGCCAUGCGCAUGCUGGGCUUUGCCCCGGUUGCAGAAAUGUUGUCGGCAGGCAUCUGUGUAUCAUUGGGUACUGAUGGGGCCCCAUCGAAUAAUCGCAUGAGCUUAGUGGAUGAGAUGUACUUGGCAUCAUUGAUCAACAAGGGACGAGUUGUAUUUGAACGGGGCACAACAGAUCCAACUGCCUUGCCAGCGGAGACUAUUUUGAAAAUGGCAACCAUCAAUGGUGCUAAAUCUGUUCUUCAGGGUCAGUCGAUUGGAUCCCUGGAAGUUGGAAAAAAGGCUGAUCUGAUUGUAGUAAAUCCAGACAAGUGGACAAUGAUACCCCUCCAUGAUCCGAUUUCGAGCAUGGUUUAUUGCAUGAGAACAGAAAAUAUCUCCUCUGUUAUGUGCAACGGAAACUGGAUCAUGCGCGAUCAGAAGAUUUUAACAGUUGACGAGGCUCUCGUCAUGGCUAAUGCCAAAAAUGCUGCCAUGAAGUUGAUUACGAGAGCCGGAAUACAGUUGCCAAAGCGCGGGAACGUCAUCUACUGAUUGGGAACGAUCCCAGUGAAUCCCCAUAACAGUUAUAUGGAGGGAGUGAAGUAGCUGUUAGCCGUGACAACGGGUGAUGAGGAUUUUUAGUCCAUCAAGACUACAUACUUAUCAGUUUGUAAAUAAAUACCUUUUUAAUUCCUGUCACCACAGGGACAAAAUCAGGUCAAAUCUGAUUUUGAGAAAAUAUCCAGUGUCCGGAGUGGGAAACUUUUGUACCUUUCAGUCAGUAAAGCUGAAAUUUACGUGUCACCAAACUGGAAGUACUCUGCUCUCUGUGCUUCUUCGGUGUUCAAAUCACUCGGAUUUCGUUUCUAAUUGUAUUUAAGACAUGCAUCAAUCGCAGGUCAAUCAUGCAGCCAUCAGGCUUUU